UUUACUAGAGAUGUAGUGAUACAAUUUCUGAUAAAGAAUUAACGCUUAAUGAAGCUGCAAUUUUAAAUAUCUCCAUAUGAAUUGUUGGUUUGUUUGAUUUACAUCCCGUUCUAGAAUGUGUCACUUAUAUUGCGACGUCACCAGAUGUAGGUGAAGUGUCACUUAUUUUGAUAUGAUUUUGACAAUCAGUUCAACAUUUUAUCAAUGCUUAUAUUGCAGAGACCUGAAGCGGUAUUACUUAUGACGUGUGUAGCGUCCUUAGUAACAACGGUCCUGGGAUCCAAAGAUUGCACACCCAAACCAACCGAUCUUGUGUUUGUUUUGGACGAAAGUGGCAGUGUGGGGCAAGCAAAUUUUAUUUUGCAAAAUAAAUUCGUUGCAAAGUUUGUGGAAGGUUUCGACAUAGGUAGAAACGCGACUCAGGUGGCUGCAAUCACGUUUUCUACGGGGCCGAAAAUUGAAUUUUACUUGAAAACAUACCACGAUAAGACAAAAUUAUUGGAGGCCAUAAAGCAGUUCAACUAUUCACAUCCCGGUCUAACUAUGACACACAAGGCUCUUAGCUACGUACGAACUGACAUUCUGAAUGUGACGAAUGGAAGGAGACCGGAUGCAUUGCCUUUUGUUAUUGUUAUGACUGAUGGGAAAUCCAUGUCAACACCAUUGACAAAGAAGGAAGCCAAAAAACUUCAUGACAUGAAUGUAACGGUUUACGCAAUUGGAAUUUCAAGUGAGGCUAACAAAGAAGAGUUGCAAGAAAUCGCCUCUAAUCGCAAUUACGUAAUUCUUGUGCAGGAUUUUAGUGCCUUAAAAUCAAUACAAGGCCAAGCUUUAGCCGGUACUUGUGAAGCUAUUUUGAAGAAAGUAAAGGGAAGCAACUUUACAGUAUCUACAAAACCUUUGUCGACCAAAACAACCACAGCCACAACUAAACGGACCACUCCCACCACUAGACGGACCACUCCCACCACUAGACGGACCACUCCCACAACAACUAAACGGACCACUCGCACUACUACUAUUAAACAUACCACUCCCACCACAACUACCACUAGAAAGACCACUCCCACCACAACCACUACCACCACAACCACUCCCACCACUAAAAGGACCACUCCAACCACAAGAAGGACUACUCCCACCACCACAACCACAACUAGAAAGACCACCAUUAAACGGACAACUCCCACCACAACCACCCCCAUGACAACUACCACUAGAAAGACCACCACUAAACGGACAACUCCCACCACAACCACUCCCAUGACAACUACCACUAAAAAGACCACCACUAAACGGACAACUCCCACCACAACCACUCCCAUGACAACUACCACUAGAAAGACCACCACUAAACAGACAACUCCCACCACAACCACUCCCAUGACAACUACCACUAGAAAGACCACCACUAAACGGACAACUCCCACCACAACCACUCCCAUGACAACUACCACUAGAAAGACCACCACUAAACGGACAACUCCCACCACAACCACUCCCAUGACAACUACCAAUAGAAAGACCACCACUAAACGGACAACUCCCACCACAACCACUCCCAUGACAACUACCACUAGAAAGACCACCACUAAACGGACAACUCCCACCACAACCACUCCCAUGACAACUACCAAUAGAAAGACCACCACUAAGCGGACUACUCCAACCACAACUACUACAGCCAAAAGGACUAUUCCCACCACAGCAAAAGCUUCUCCCACUACUGGUGCAACUGUGCCUCUUUCAGCAUUAGGUUGUGACUUUGAAUAUUCAAAUUGCGGAUUUUUAUUACAACAUCCACUUUCCAACUCUUCAUGGAUCAUUUGCAAUGGAUCAACCACAUCAUCUAAAACAGGACCAAUCACCGACCACACCUUUAAAAAUUCAUCAGGAAAAUUCAUAUACGUGGAUGGAGGUUUGAUGAGGCCACAUAAAUCCGCAUACAUCGUGAGCCCAUUGAUAAAUAAUAUUUUGAAAAAUGAAGCGUGUCUCCAGUUUCAUUAUCAAAUGUUUGGGAAAGACAACAAGACGCUCAAUGUGUACAUAACAAAUGGUUCCACGUCAUUGCAAGAUGCAAAUUUGAUAUGGUCGAGGACAAUCAAUGAAACAUUCAGCUGGUAUUUUACCAAAGUGCCCCUGCUUGGAGGAUUCUCAGGACGGGUCAUUUUUGAAGGAAUUAAUCCAAAUGAUAAAAAUAGCGGAUUUGGUAUUGACGACAUUACAACAACUCUUGGAAACUGUUCAGAUACUAUAUCGACGUUUCCGGUUUUGUUCACGUCUUCCGGAUCCUCAACAAACCCAACAUACACCAUUCGAACAAACACUCCAACAAAAGGUCUCACAACAUCAGCUAAAUCUUCUACCAUUUCUAUGAAAACACCUACCACGACAUCGACUGUUUCUGUAAUCAGAAUGACCAACCCUACAACCACAAAACGUCCUAGCAUCAGACCUAAUCGUUACCCCAAAAUGACCACGUCUACUACAGUAUCUACCACAAGUUCAUCUACUACUUCAAGUUCGUUUCCAAAUUUAAACUCAAGACCUAGUACCAAUCCAAACCAAUCUCGAAAAAGAUUUGUAAUCCCUGGUUGGUUUCAAAUGAUUGAAAUUGGGUUCCUUGCUCUUACGGCAAUCACUGGCAUGGGUAUUCUUGGCUGCUGUUGUCUAAAGUUCUGUGGAGGUAAACGUAAAGAGGACGAUGAUGAAGAGGAAGACGACGAAGAAAUAACGCCGUCAUGGAAACAGAGCCAUAGACUUCCAGUGUCGAAACCUGGAGGAUGGACUACUGGGCUGAGGAUUUAACCUUCGUGUACUAAUACGCUUUUGAAUAUUUCUAAGUGUUUCUGAGUAUUUUGUGAUAUUUGAAAUAAAUAAAUUUCCCAUUCAAUCACAAACUACUAUUAAUCAAAUAUGUACGUGUGUUGUCAAUUUCAAUACAGCUACAACUAUUGGUCUUAAUAAAAUUUAUUAUAUUUG